GGGCUUGGUCCACACUAUUUUUAGUGUGAACCGGGUCCACGCAAGUCGGAUUGUUUCCCGUGGACUCUUCUUUGGUAGUGGCAGUGAGAGAUUUUGUGUAGUAACAUUUUGUGCUUCUCUUCUGCAACUUCUGGGUUUCUUAUCCUUCAACAUGGACAAUAGGCAUACAAUUAUCCUAAUGCAAACGUCGCAGAACAGAGCAAGUAGAACAUUUAUGGAUUAUGAGUCAAUAAGUCAAGCAAUGGAUGGUAUCUGUGCGUUGUACGAAAGGAAGCUAAAAGAGAUUAAUCCAACUCUCAGAAACAUCAGUUAUGAUAUCGGCGAUCUAUACAACUUCAUUGACGGGCUCGCUGAUUUGAGUGGAUUAGUGUAUGAACAUUCUAUACAGGCAUAUCUGCCAUAUGAUCGGGAAUGGAUCAAACAAAAGGCACUCCAACGACUCAAGAAGUUGGCGCGAUGAAUCAAGCAAUGAACUGGCCUCUGAUUUUUGGUUACUGAAUUACUGCGGAUUUUGUUUGCAGUACUGAAGCCAUUCGAUCUGUAAGAACGGUGUUUAUAUGCGCAAAGUUUAUAAGUCUGUAAUUUGAAAUAUACAUGUUUACCGUAGGAUGAUGUUGAAUUAUAUAUGAAGUUUCAGUUAUGAAGACAAACAAUUUAGUGGCUUUUUAUACACCCAACUCACAAGUUUUUGUCA